AAUUUUAUAGUCUCUAAAUUAUUUUUCUACGGUUGAUGUUCGUGUAUGUAUAUAUACACCUUAUGGUUGAUCUCAAAGACUCACAAUCAUUUGCACAAGAAGUUAUAUAAGCCAAUACAAAGAAGAAAACUCCUAAUCCCAAAUAGAAUGAUGAAGUUUUCUUCUCUUCUAGUGUUUUUCUUUAUUUUCCCGAUCGCAUUUGGUCAACUUAGAGUUGGGUUCUAUAGCCAGUCAUGCCCACAAGCCGAGACUAUUGUACGCAACCUGGUGCGCCAACGGUUUGGUGUUGACCCAACCGUCACCGCCGCUUUGCUCCGUAUGCAUUUCCACGACUGUUUCGUUAGGGGUUGUGACGCAUCUCUCCUCAUUGAUGGAACCAAUUCCGAGAAAGCCGCUGGACCAAACGGAAGCGUGAGAGAAUUUGACCUUAUCGACAGGAUCAAGGCUCAGCUAGAGGCUGCAUGCCCCUCCACAGUCUCAUGUGCCGACAUCGUCACAUUAGCCACACGUGACUCCGUGGCCUUAGCCGGAGGCCCGAGCUACAGCAUCCCCACGGGAAGGCGCGACGGUAGGGUCUCAAACAAUGUGGACGUGGCAUUACCGGGUCCAACAAUCUCGGUCUCCGGAGCCGUGAGUUUCUUCACCGUCAAAGGGAUGAACACGUUCGAUGCUGUGGCUCUUUUGGGUGCACACACCGUUGGUCGGGGAAACUGUGGUCUCUUCAGCGACCGAAUCACUAAUUUCCAAGGAAGCGGACGACCCGAUCCAUCCAUGGACCCUGCUUUAGUUACAAGCCUAAGGAACACAUGCAGAAACAGUGCGUCAGCAGCCCUAGACCAGUCGACUCCAUUGAGAUUCGACAACCAAUUCUUCAAGCAAAUCCGUAAAAGAAGAGGAGUGUUGCAGGUUGACCAACGGCUCGCAAGUGACCGACAGACUCGUGGCAUCGUGGCCAGGUACGCUAACAACAACGCCUUCUUCAAGCGUCAGUUCGUUAGAGCGAUGGUGAAGAUGGGAGCCGUUGAUGUGCUUACCGGUCGUAACGGUGAGAUCAGGAGGAACUGCAGGAGAUUCAACUGAUGAUCGUGAACAUUACACAACAAAGGUAUGGAGAUAAUAUUAUUACAUUUGAAACAUAUAGUUUCAAAUCCUAUUUAUAUUUUUGGUUUUGGUUGGGUUUUUUAUUGCAUAAAUAAGGCUUUGCUUAAAUUGGAUGUUUUCGAUUUUUGAGAAAGAUUACUAUAUAUAUUAUAAUGUUGGUCUGCAUUUGGAGGAUGUAUCUUAACUAUACGAUUAUUUUGUGGCAUUGACAAUAAUGAAUGUACCUUAUCAUGGUUAUAUAUAUAUUUUUAUUUUGUAUA